AUGGAGUCGGUGGUCCUACACGACCCAAAUGUGACCUUUGAAGAAUACCUCUACUGGGCCGAAAUCACGCGAGCCGAGGAGAAGCAGGCCAACGAGCGGUACCUCCACGCGAGGGGACCCGUGACGCUCAAGAGCAUCGUCAACGACCGGUUCAGGAAGGGCGAUGAGCAUUCGAGGUUCCAGGGGAGCGGCAGCGAGCGGAGCGGGAACGAGGAUAUCGGGGCUGCUACUGCGGAGAAGAGCGGGAGUGGGAAUGGAAGCGACAAGACUUUGCAGCCCGCGGAGAACAGAGUUGGCGUUGUUGUUACGCCCGAGGAGUGGAAGACGGCGAGCAGGGCAGCGAGGACCGCUGGUUGGGGCGCGGUGUUUUAUCUCAUCACGACGGAUAUCCUGGGGCCAUUUUCCACGCCCUGGGCUUUCGCGCAGAUGGGCUACGGUCCAGGCAUUGCGCUCUAUACCGUCUUUGGCGUCAUGUCGUUGUACUCCGGCUGGAUACUCUAUGAAUCCUUCCUCAGCCUCGACUCGGAUCGGUAUCCCCUCAAAGGCUACGGCGAUCUAUACUUCCGCGUCUUCGGCUCCAAGGCGCGGCACACCAUCAACUUUGCCCAAGGUCUGCAGCUUCUACUCUUCGUCGCCGUCCUGAUCCUGCAGAACGGACAGUCCAUCUCGCAGAUCAGCAAGGGCCCCAACGGUGGCGCGGGCAUAUGCUUCGUGGCGUGUCUUUUAAUCUUCAUGGCGGCCGGUUUCAUUAUAGGCCAGGUUCGGACGCUGCAGCGCUUUUCGUGGAUUGCAAACUUGGCCGUGUGGGCGAAUUUGCUCAUCAUCUUCAUCUGUAUGGGCGUCGUGGCACACUCCCCUCCCAACUUCACUGCGACCCAGGCCUCCUUUGGCGACAGUUUCGGCCCCGGGCCCGUCAUUACCUACGCCGGCACGCCCCCGCCCGGCAUGGCCUCGGGUGGUUCCGGCUUCCUGGGUUCCAUGAACGGGCUGAACCAGGCCGUCUACUCGUACGGCGGCUGUCUCAUCUUUGCGGCCUUCAUGGCAGAAAUGCGGCACCCGAUGGACUUUUGGAAGGGGCUCCUCUGCGGGGAAGUCUUCAUCUACGUUUGCUACCUCGUCUUCGGGCUCUACGUGUAUUCCUUCCAGGGCCAAUACUCCUUCAACCCCGUCAUGCAGAGCCUGUCGCCGUACUGGUGGCAGACGGCGACCAACAUUCUGGGUCUCAUAACGGGCUUGAUCGCGGCGGGGCUGUACGGGAACAUCGGCAUGAAGGUCAUCUACGUCGAGCUUAUGCAAGAGUUCUUUGGGGCGCCGCCGUUGACCGAAUCGGCCGGCAAGAUGCUCUGGAUGGCGGUAAUACCCGUGUACUGGGCGUUGGCCUUCAUCGUCGGCGCCGCCGUGCCGCAGUUCUCUUUGAUAUCCGGGUUCAUCGGGGCGGUAUUCAUCCUCAGCUUCACGUACACUCUGCCAGCGCUGCUGGGCUUGGGCUAUUGGAUUCGGAAGGAUGCCAUGCUGCCAGAGGAGGAGACAUUUGAUCCCGCUACGGGUAGGUAUGCGUAUGUUGAUGGUGGAUUUCAGCGAUACUGGAGGGGUUUCAUGAAAAGGCCCAUCUUCAAUGGGUGGAACAUUAUCUACAUGCUCGGAGGGCUUGUUACGACGGCGCUGGGCAUGUACUCCUCGAUUGAGGGCUUGAUUGAGGCUUUCAACGGAAAGUCGCAGGCUACGAGCUUUGGGUGCGGAAGUCCAGUCUAA